AUGGCCGAAGUAGACGUCGCGCCGACGUUCGGCGCGGAACUGAAGGCAACCAACGUCUGGGUAGCCCACGGGAUAGCAUGGCUUGACGAAAUACAACAGUUCUACCGCGAGAGGAGUGCGAUCGAAAAGGAGUACGCUGCCAAGCUCAAUGGCCUGGCCAAGAAGUAUUUCGAGAAAAAGAACAAGAAGUCGGCAUCGCUCAGCGUUGGCGAUACGCCUGCCAUGACCCCUGGCUCCCUCGAGGCCGCCUCCUUAACAACUUGGUCUACCCAACUUACGACCCUCGAACAUCGAGCCGAGGAACACGACCGAUACGCGAACAACCUCUUGUCCCAAGUUGCCGAACCCCUCAAGUUCUUGGGUACCCGCUUCGAGGAACUGCGCAAGCGUCAUGCCGAAUACGCAAGCAAGCUGGAACACGAGCGCGACGCCCAGUACGCCGACUUGCGAAAGACCAAGGCCAAAUACGAUGAUGCGUGUCAAGAAGUUGAAGGCAAGCGCAAAAAGGCCGAGUCAUCCUUUGACAAGGCCAAAGCGCAGAGUGCGUAUCAACAGCAAAUCAUCGACAUGAACAACGUCAAAAACACAUACUUGAUCUCUAUCAACGUCACCAACAAGCAGAAGGAGCGUUACUAUCAUGAGUACGUUCCCGAGGUUAUGGAUAGUCUGCAGGACCUUGCCGAAUUCCGCACCAUAAAGUUGAACGGCCUUUGGACUGUCGCUUCGCAGCUGGAAGCCGCUAUGCUUUUGAGCAGCAAGGGAUUGAUGGAAAACCUAGGAGCUGAAAUCGCCCGGAACGAGCCUCAUCUCGACGCCAUGAUGUACAUCCGCCACAACCUCGGUUCGUUCCAGGAACCACCUGACAAGACCUUCGAGCCGAGUCCGGUGUGGCACGACGACGAUCUCAUGGUUGUAGACGAACCGGCAAAGAUCUAUCUCCGCAACGUGCUGAGUAAAUCUAAGGCGCAGCUGGGAGACCUACGUAGAGAAGUCGACAAGAAGAGGCGCGAGGUUGAAAGUGUCAAGCGUGUAAAGCAACGCAUUAGGGAGGGCACCGAGAAGAAGGACGAGGUCUUGGUAGUUACGCAAAUAUUUGCCCUGCAGGAGGAUCUUCAUGCAGUGGACAGGAAGCGCGUGACGGCCGAAGUUGAGACCUCGACCAUCACAUCGGCUGUCGGCGACGUCACGCUAGGCGCAAAGAACCACAACUUCAAGCAACAAACCUACAAGAUCCCAACGAACUGCGACCUCUGCGGAGACAGGAUAUGGGGUUUGUCGGCCAAGGGAUUCGACUGCAGAGACUGCGGGUACACCUGCCACCAGAAAUGCGAGAUGAAAGUGCCUGCCGACUGCCCGGGCGAACAGUCAAAGGAGGAUCGCAAGAAGCUGAAGGCCGAACGCCAAGCAGCCGCAAGUGCACUCCUCAAGCCAACUGCAUCCUCGCCGACGAACGCAUCCGAUUCGCCGACCCUUACACGCUCGAACACGAUGAACUCCCUCAGCUCAGGAAGAGACUCCUCCGCCAGAGCCAGCAACCCCUCGGCCCCCAGCUCCGGCAUCAACACCGCCUAUAUCAGCGAGCUCCCGGGAAGCGCGCCUACAAAUGGGUCCUCCGAGCAACAGAAGGGCAAGAUGCUUUAUUCGUUUGAAGCCAGCGGCGAGGGGGAGUUGUCUGUACUAGAAGGUCGCGAUGUCACCAUGCUUGAGCCAGAUGACGGGUCCGGUUGGACCAAGAUUCGCGCUGGUUACAAGGAGGGCAUCGUGCCAUCAAGCUAUGUCGACUGGGCACCGCCAUCGCCCAUGGUUGCGCAGAACACCGGGGCAUCCGCGCGACCCGAUUCGACAUACUCGAACUCGGGGUCUUCGAUAGGGACAGCGGCCAAGAAGAAGGGGCCGGCGGUCGCACCGAAACGCGGAGCCAAGAAGCUCAAGUACGUCGAGGCGUUGUACGAGUACACGGCGCAGAGCGACCAGGAGCACAGCAUGGCGGAGGGCGAGAAAUUCGUGCUCAUCAAGGACGAUCAAGGCGACGGGUGGGCCGAAGUCGAAAAGGGCGGCGUGACGAGGAGCGUGCCCGCGAGCUACGUCCAGGUGGUUUAG